AUGAAGAAGAGCACCUUGAUUCUAUUGGGUCUUGCGGCCUCUCUACUCAUACUCUUUGUUUGUUCCUCUCAAAUGGUGGUUGCCUCAGAGGACAAGGAUGAUUUCAAAGAUUCAAAUUCAAAGGACCUCUCUUCCACAAGCAGCGAGAAGGUUGAUGAAACAAAGAGCACUCUUCCAGUUGAAAAGGACAAGAAAGAAGAUGAAAAGAAAGACAACAAGGAAGAAGACAAGUAUAAGAAGAAAGAAUUUUCUAAUGACUCUUAUUGUCGUCACAUCUGUAUCAAACACAAAGUCAAGAAUGGCAAGUGUUUGAAACACAAAGUCAUCGAUCAAAAGAAAGUGUGCGACAAGUAUGCCACCAUUAAGGCCAAAUGUUUGAAAUACAAAACCACCUCUCAUUGCGAUGAAUACAGUCAACCAGACAAGAAAUGCAUCAAAUAUGCUCACAAGAAGAAAUGUAUCAAACAUAAGAAGGAACGUGUCUGUGAUGCGUAUGGGAGUAAAAAAGUGUGCGAUUGCUACAAAACCAAGAAGGUCUGUGAUAAGUACAUUACAAAGAAGAAGUGUGCCAAAUACGACUACAAGAAGAUUUGCAAGAAGCAUGAGAAGGUUCCUAUUAAGAAGUGUGAACAAGUUUCAAAAAAGAAACGAAAAGAGGAAACGGACGAGCAUCGUGAUACUCACUCUAAAAAGAAGGAUCUCUCCGAUUCCUACAUGCCUCAACCCAUUCAGAAGUGCCGUGUGGUUGGCUAUGAAAAUAAGUGUGUCAAACAUGAGAAGGUUAAAUUCUGCUCGAGGCACAAAUCGGUGCGCAAGUGUUCCAAGUUCCUCAAGAAAAGGUUGUGUGCCAAGUAUAAGAAGAAGCGAUUCUGUAAGAAACACAAGACUCUCUCCAAGUGUGUCAAACAUUCUAAGAAGAAGUAUUGUGUCAAACACAAGACGAUUGAAUCCAAAUGCAUUCGAUUCAAAAAAGAAAAGAAGUGUGUGAAAAAGUCGAAAGCGAAACGUGUCUGCAAAAAGUACAAAUUGACAAAGGGAGAAAAGAUUUGUGUCAAACAUGAAAAGAAGAAGGUUUGUGCUGAGAAGAAGAAGAUUUGUGAAGAAGCAGAGAAGAAGAAUUCGAACUCUCCAGAUUCGUAUGUGUUGAUGUAA